AUGAAGCUCGCUCACUUCUUGUUUGUGAUGUUGGCCAUUGGCUACACAUCCGCCGCUUACGUCGGCCUCACCACUGGUCCAUCCAGCCUUGGUAAGAUCCUGAUCCAUGCCGAGUCUGGUCGUACACUCUACUACUUCACUCAUGACGCCCCCAACCAACAAUCCACUUGCAAUGGAGCCUGCACCAACAUCUGGCCACCUUUAAUUGGAAUUCCCCUCAACGAUGCCUCAUUGUCCGGAGUUGCCGGAGUCAAGGCCCGUGCUGACGGCACCAUCCAGGCCACCUACAACGGAAUGCCACUCUACUUCUACCACCUUGACAUGACAGCCGGAGACACCCUCGGAGAGAAUGUCAACAACGCCUGGUAUGUCUUCCGUGAGAACGUCAUCAAGUUCACCCAGAUUGCCCAGUCCCUCUUCACUGUUGACCAGAACGGCCGCUCAAUCUACUACAACGGUGCCGACAGACCCAACUUGCCACCAAUGUGCAACUCUGACGCCUGUGCCUCCAUCUUCCCACCAGUGCUCGGUUUCGCCAAGCAGGACGCCGCCUCCUCAAUCAGCAACGCCGUCGGAUUCAUCCAGCGUGCCAACGGUCAGUUCCAGGUCACCCUCAACGGCUACCCACUCCACUACUACUAUGGUGACUCUGCCGCCGGACAAUUCAACGGUGACAACAAGAACGGUUUCUUCGUCUACAACCACAUGGUCCUCCACUCUGGUAUCGUCAACACUGGUACCGGUGGCGCCACACCACUCCAAGUCCAGCUCUGCGGAGGUGCCGCCUACUGCCAGUUCGAGAACAGCUGUUUCAAGAACGAGACCUACAUUGAUGCCAGCGGCCAAGCCGUCACCAAGGUCUACUGCAUGAUCCUCAACAGAGGUCUCCCAGCCCCACACCUUGACCUCCGUUUCCUCAACCUGGACAGCAACACCCUCCAGAUCACCGGUCUCCAGCAAACCUACGCCAACAGCCCAAUCUGGGACUUCUUCCCAAGCCGUGCCAACUCCCCACUCCAGACCAACCAGGGCCACCCAUGGAGCUACACCAUCAAGGCCGGCGGCGGUGGUCUCACCCUCAGAGUCCUCGUUGACUCUCGCUCAAUGACCCUCUACCAGUUCCUCAAUGACAUCAUCGGUCAGCCAUCCGUCUGUUUGGACAACACCCAGUGCACCAACACAUGGCCACCCCUUGCCGGAUUCCCACACUCCCAGCUCAACAUGAACCUCGGUGGUACCCUCGGAACCCAGGCUCGUCAAGGUGGUCGUCUCCAGCCAACAUUCAACGGCAAGCCACUCUACUACUACUCCAAGGAUAUGAAGCCAGGUGAUGCUCUUGGACAAGGUAUUGGAGGUGUCUGGAGUGUUGUCAACACCAUCUAA